AUGACCGAUAUGAAGGAAAAUGAUCUGGACGGACCCGCGGCCGAAAUUACUCGGGUUGUGAAGAGAUCUGGGGCUUUCGAUAACAUCAAAAAGUCUGCAGUUGACGAGUUGCAGAUGCUGGUGGGUAAUCUGUUAUUUAUUAGUUUAUUUUUGAAUUUAGGAGCAAGUUCAAGUCCAAAGUUCACUGAUGUUCAGUGUAAUGAAGGUCCUCUUUGAACAACAGAAUAGGUCAACAAAGGGAGUGAUGAGCUUAGCCGAAAGAAGAAUGCAGUUAAAGGACAAUAUAAGAAAGGGUUCUAUGUACAAGAGUUUAACCAAUUAUUUCCAAGAGGUAAGAGUGUCGAGAAAGAAUUUAUUUGUGUUGUUUUAGAGCGAUGCAUAUAAGGAUGCAUGUGAUCGUUUGGCAGAGGAAGUGGAUCGAGUUGUAUCUAAGCAUUAUCCGGCUUAUAGACCGUCUGAGGUUGGCUGUAUGCAGGUUAUGUUUAUUUUUAGCCUUCUACGAGUAAUGUGGAUAUCAUGCCCAGCUUUCAAUUACCAGACAAAGCACCCACAUCCAUAGUGCCAGCGCCCACGAUGUAUCCGAUGCCUCCUCCAAUGAAUGUAUCUACUAUGGAUAUUCCGCCGCAAACUUUCGCGCCAUCUGAUGAAGUUCCUGCACCUUCUCUUCCUUUCUCUUUUCCUCCCCCAGUGAAUAUGAUGUCAUGCCCUCCUAACGUUCCUCUUGCUGACAUGGGAGCUAUACCGACGCCGGUAAUUAUUCCCCCAGUUUCUAUGCAUCCUUCUAUCGAUUACAUGAACAGUCAGGAGCCUCUUCAUGUCAAGGCUGAGGUUAUAGAUACGUCGAUGGAUAAUAAUGAUCAGAUGGAUAUGGAAUUGGAUUCGGGGUCAUCCAGGGCUGCGAGUCCAAUCAGAAUUAAGGAGGAAGUCGUUGAUGAAUCCGAGUUACCUCCUCCACCGAUGCCUCCGCCAUGCCUUUGA